GCCAGUCCCGGCCACGCUGUCAGUCUGCAUUAGCGCUAACAGGCUCCAGACCGAGCGGGCUGGGCGCGGGGCUAAUGCAAUAGGCGCGUUACCUGGGGCACAGGCUACAUUACCAGGUCGGCCUCCUCCUGGCGCGGCCAGAGCCAUCCAGCCCGCGUCCUGCCGGCCACCCCGUGCCCGCAGCGCUCCCAGGGCCCCGCCUGAGUGCCACGCGGCGGAGCCCAGCCGGGGCUGGAGCCCGGGAUCCCCGUGCUGUCCGCCACGUGAGUGCGCUCUGCGCGCGGGACCGCAGAACUUUGGUGUGUCCCCAGAACCUCCGAAGUCCCUCUCUCCAGCCGCACCCAUGCUUCUGGCGCGAAUGAAUCCGCAGGUGCAGCCGGAGCUCGGCGGGGCGGACCCGCUGCCUGAGCAGCCCCUGAGGCCCUGCAAAACCGCCGAUCUACUAGUGGUGAAGGAACGCAACGGAGUCCAGUGCCUCUUGGCGUCCCAGGACAGCGACGCUCAGCCCCGGGAGACUUGGGGCAAGAAGAUUGAUUUCCUGCUGUCCGUGGUGGGCUUCGCUGUGGACCUGGCCAACGUGUGGCGGUUCCCUUAUCUCUGCUACAAGAAUGGUGGUGGUGCCUUCCUGAUUCCAUACACGCUGUUCCUCAUCAUUGCUGGGAUGCCUCUGUUUUACAUGGAGCUGGCUCUGGGGCAAUACAACCGGGAGGGGGCAGCCACAGUGUGGAAGAUCUGCCCUUUCUUCAAAGGAGUGGGCUAUGCUGUGAUCCUCAUUGCCCUCUAUGUCGGCUUUUACUACAAUGUCAUCAUCGCCUGGUCACUCUACUACCUCUUUGCAUCCUUCACCUUGAACCUGCCCUGGACCAACUGCGGACACUCCUGGAACAGCCCCAACUGUACGGACCCCAAACUCCUCAACGCCUCGGUGCUGGGUGACCAUACCAAAUACUCCAAAUACAAGUUCACACCAGCUGCGGAGUUUUAUGAACGCGGAGUCCUGCACUUGCACGAGAGCAGUGGGAUCCAUGACAUCGGCCUGCCUCAAUGGCAGCUGCUGCUCUGUCUGAUGGUCGUCAUCGUUGUCUUGUAUUUCAGCCUCUGGAAAGGAGUGAAGACAUCAGGAAAGGUUGUCUGGAUCACAGCCACCCUGCCUUACUUUGUCUUGUUUGUGCUCCUGGUCCAUGGCGUCACACUGCCCGGUGCCUCCAAUGGCAUCAAUGCCUACUUGCACAUUGACUUCUACCGCCUCAAGGAGGCCACGGUAUGGAUUGAUGCUGCAACCCAGAUAUUUUUUUCUCUGGGGGCUGGAUUUGGAGUCUUGAUUGCAUUUGCCAGUUACAAUAAAUUUGACAACAACUGUUACAGGGAUGCUCUACUGACCAGCACCAUCAACUGUGUUACCAGUUUUAUUUCUGGAUUUGCCAUCUUCUCCAUCCUUGGUUAUAUGGCCCAUGAACAUAAGGUCAAUAUUGAGGAUGUUGCCACUGAAGGAGCUGGGCUUGUGUUUAUCCUGUAUCCAGAAGCCAUCUCUACUCUGUCAGGAUCCACGUUCUGGGCCGUCCUGUUCUUCUUGAUGCUCCUGGCUCUGGGGCUAGAUAGUUCAAUGGGAGGCAUGGAAGCAGUCAUCACUGGACUGGCUGAUGACUUCCAGGUCCUGAAGCGACACCGGAAACUCUUCACGUGUGUUGUCACCAUCAGCACCUUCCUUCUGGCAUUGUUUUGCAUAACAAAGGGAGGGAUUUAUGUCCUCACUCUGCUGGACACCUUUGCAGCAGGCACCUCCAUUCUGUUUGCGGUGCUUAUGGAAGCUAUUGGAGUUUCCUGGUUUUAUGGUGUGGACAGGUUCAGCAAUGACAUCCAGCAGAUGAUGGGGUUUAAGCCAGGCCUGUACUGGAGGCUGUGUUGGAAGUUCGUGAGCCCCGCCUUCCUCCUGUUUGUGGUGGUGGUCAGCAUCAUCAACUUCAAGCCGCUUACCUAUGAUGACUACACCUAUCCUCCCUGGGCCAACUGGGUCGGGUGGGGCAUCGCCCUCUCAUCCAUGAUCCUGGUCCCUGCCUAUGUCAUCUACAAGUUCCUCAGCAUACGCGGCUCCCUGUGGGAGAGAGUGGCCUACGGAAUCACCCCGGAGAAUGAGCACCACCUGGUGGCCCAGAGAGACGUGAGACAGUUCCAGUUGCGGCACUGGCUGGCUAUCUGAACCUGGCAAUGUGGAGGAGGAGGAGGAACCCAUGUGCCAACGUCCGGGUCCAGGGCACCCUCUUUGCCCCCAUUCGGAUACCGCCUUGGGAUUCCUCUCCUGGAAGACACCUUCCCCGUCGCUCCCGUUUUCUCAUUUACUAAUGAUUCCGUGACGCUGGUUUUGUUCACCUUCUGUUCAUCUGGCCUGGAGGCAAGCGAGAGUGGAGAACUGGUGAGCCUCAAGGAAGAGGCUGGAAGGAGGAAGUGGGACGUGAAUUCUGGAACUCUGGCUUGAGGGCAGGUUUACUGCAUUUGGAGCACACCUCAGCUGAGGUCCACAGCCCGGGCAGAAACCCCUCCCGGAUUUGCUUGUACUUCAGAUCAUAAACAAAAUCUUCCAUUCACCCAGGCUGAGAGGAGAUUGGCUUCUGGUUAGAUAUCAAAAGCCCAAGCAAAGCCUGACAGGGUCUGUGUGGGGGCCAAGGUGUGCAGGUUACCCCUCUCUUUCCAUUUAUCCUGUCACCGCUCCAGCAUCUGAGCCUCUGUUUGGGAGUGGGGCUUUAUUUGCACUGAAAAUGCAGCUGGUAGAUACUCUGAGUCUGGGGGCAGGGCGUUAGGCAGAAACUCUUACCUAGCUAUCUAGUUAAUCAAAGGCUGGUUUUGGUAUGUUCUAGAAUAUUACUCUAACUUCUGAUGUUUGGAGAGCCCCCAAACCAUGAUUUUAGGGGAAGAAUGUAGCUGCAUCACCAGUGAGGGAGUUCCCCAAAGUCAGAUCCUUUAGAAAGGUGGUAACCGCUAGACAAAUUGUGCCUGCCAAGGCCACCUGCCAGUCUUGUUCUGUCAGACAUAUGGGUAGUUCCCAAGACCUUCCUAGGGAUUGAGACAGGGUCCCUCUAAAGCCAGAUAUGUAUGCCCAUCACAGGGAUUUCUGUCCUGGGAGGCCAGGUGGGUGUUGUAGGACAACUUGAUAGGCUGCCAUGGUUCUUUGUGGUCUUCCCCUGGGAACCUCAGCAGACAGGGGUCCUGAGCAGUAGAGUCCAUUGGCUCUGAAAAUGGCCUGUUUCCUUAUUUACUUGACUUGGCACCUUGGAGGGCACGAUGGGGCUUACCACAGCCCAGCCCAGCCCAGCCUCUCAAGUCCAGGGAUGGUAUUCUGACUGGAGGGGACAGUCAGAUGGCUUCAGGAAGUUUCUAAGUUUCACAUGUGACACAAACUUGCAACUACUGCCCUCUGGUGGUUAGGUUUGGUUCAUUGAGGGAAAGAAUGGUUUGGUAAAUUGAUGGCAUCUCCUUGAGCUUUAUGUUUCUGGUUUGAGUCUCUUACGCCCUUUCUUGAAAUCUAGAAUCAUAGGUUGCCAUUGUGAUAGUAGGAUUCCCUUCCUAGGUUGUGUGUGUGUGUGCGCGCGCGCAUGUCUAUAAGUGCACAUUUGUGUGUGUCUGUGUAUGUGUAUAUAUGUUUGUUUAUAUGUGUGUGUAUGUCUGUGUGUGUCCUUGUGUAUGUGUGCAUGUCUAUGUGUGUAUGUGUGUGUUGGUGUGCACGUGUGCAUGUGUGAGUGUGUGUGUGUGAUUGGAGUCAUGUAGGAGGCACAUGGAGAAACUAGGAUGUUCCCAUGUCCCAUGGAGGCUGUAAAAAUAGGCCAGGUGAGGCCAGCUGGGGAUGGGGAGAUAGUUUACUCUGAGGACCACCAAAAUUUCCCCCGAAUCAGAGUCCUUGAGUUAUUCCUUAGAGGAAAUUUUGUCUUUCCAUGUAAGAAGGCCAUGUCAGCUCAAGGCAUCCCGCAUUGGCAAAUGUCUUGGAGCACUGGGGAAGAGAAAGCUCUUCCACCCCAUUUCAAGGUAGGUGCAAGCCAGGACCCUGCUAGCAACAACCUCAACACUUCUCAUGAGUAGUAAUUCCUUUCUAGUUGUUACCUUUAAAAUAUUGGCACACACCUUUACUCCCAGCACUUGGGAGGCAGAGGCAGGUGAAUUUCUGAGUUCAAGGCCAGCCUGGUCUACAGAGUGAGUUCAAGGACAGCCAGGGCUACACAGAGAAACCCUGUCUCGAAAAAACCAAAACCAAAUAUAUAUUGUACUAUUUAAACAAUCCAUGCUUACCCUCCCUGCCUCCAAGCUGCCCCAUAGAAAGGAAGACUGCUUCCUGUCUCCCCACUUCCCUGGUGAGAAGAUGAGAAAUCUCGCUUGGUCAACAUCUCAUCUCCCUAGGGAUCUGGGUGGAGCCUCCAUCCUCAUCUUGUCGUCACAGUCCAGAGCACCAGGGGACUCCUUGUUUACCCUUCUGUGGGCUGACACCAAACAGAAUGCACAGAGUCACACUUAAGGGGGAAGAGUGUUUCUUAGCAGAACAAAGUGUUGGGAGGGGGGCAGAAGGAUGUUACUCAUCUCCCCACACUGGCUCCCUGAGAGGCAUUGUCCUCGCCUUUGAUGACAAGUCACCCUUUGAAUAGUGGGGCCUGAGAAGCAAGCGUCCACCUGACUGUCUUGAGAGCACAUGCUCACAAAACCUGGGUGCCUUGGAUCAGCACAGGGCCACCAUUUUCUCGUUGCCAUCUGAGUGGCCUCUUCACCUGCAGACACUGCUCCCUCCCAGGGGUUGAAGUUGAAAAUGUGGUGCUAGCCGAAUGAGCCCCAGACUAAAGCAAUGGUGCUGCUUUGUGGCAAAGUUGGCUCCUGAGACUGGGACAAAGUGCUUUGUGUUUGUACGCCCAGGUGCUCUAGUGGGGGAGCGGGGAGACACCCAGAAAGCUCCUGGAGGGUCUCACGAAGGUGCUAGGAGGUCACCUGUACCCACCUUUCCACCCACGCUUGCCAGAUGGGGGCUACUCUGUCAUCAUAAGUAAUGCUUGCCCUCUGUGUUCUGACUGAUUUUUUUAUUUUAGUAGUAUGGCUCAUCCAGGGCCAGCAUUCUCCCAAGUACCGAAUGUGACACUCGACGCUUUUGAUAAUUAAUCUGAUUUUUAGAGAAUUGUUUUCUAUGAUAUGUGAGACCUUUGUUUAAGACUUUAGCAUUACUUAGUCUCUGCCUGCCAGUCUCCAUUCUAGAGUCAAGUGAGACAGGAGAGAAAGUGGAUACUAACUCACUGCAGAUAUCCUACACAACAAAGGUCCCAAAACUGCCUUAAUUCCUGCCCAGGUGGAAGCCAGUCCCCUGCUGCACAGUCAUCCAGUCUAGGUUUUCUAGAUUUGGUAAUGUAAGAUUGACACGUUCUUACCAAAGAAAUCAUUUCUACCCCAUUAAGCUCACUCACUUCAUGUGUUUAUUUCUUUUGAAAACUAUGGUGAGGAAGUGAUCAGAGUCAGUGUCUGGUGUAGUGGAAGCAGCUCGGCAUUUAGAGUUGAUUAGCAGUGGCUCUGCAGCCAAUUAGCUAUAUCUUGAGAGAGGAACUUUAUAUCUUUAGAUUUUGGGAGGGGGGCACAUCUCUAUAAAACAGAGAUUUGAUCAUGUCAUCAAAGGACACAUCCUAUUGAAAACAUAAACCAGAAUAAAGUAUAAUAACAUCCUUGUGCUAAAGUCACAAUGAAGAAAGCAGAUCAGCUCAGAAGCUUCCAGAAGUGACCCCAUAACUGACCAUCUAUUGGGCUUAGAAAUAGAGGUUUCUGCCUGCAGAGCUUUGAUAUUCCUGUAAUGUCCAGUAGAUCCUCUUUUUCAGAGUUUUCUUUUCAUCUCAUGCCAGAAAGCCUUGAUGUUUGAGAAGAAGUCAAGUCUAGCCCAGUCGAUUUGAUGCUUGGGUAGCAUUGAGAAGGCAGAGGGUAUCGCUCUGCCCUGUGUUUGCUGGCCUGGGCACCCACAGCUCUGCCCACAGGCAGGGUCCCUGGCCCUGGUUGGUGAAUGUGAAGUCAGGGGCACCUGUCCUUGCUCUACUGUCUCUACGUCUGUGUAAAUAGGAUUGUUUCAUUCACAUCUUCUCCGUGUCACGGACCGUCCAAGUAUCGUGCGGAUCUCUGCGUCUGCUUUGGAUUUAUUUUGAAAGUUCUCUUUGUGGAAAAAAAAACAAAUAAAUGUACAGUCUAAUAAAGGAUAUUUCCUGUGCCGUGUA